AUGGCACGUACUAAGCAGACCGCUCGUAAGUCCACUGGAGGUAAGGCUCCCAGGAAGCAGCUGGCCACCAAGGCCGCUCGCAAGAGCGCCCCGGCCACCGGAGGUGUCAAGAAGCCUCACCGUUACAGGCCCGGCACCGUGGCUCUCAGGGAGAUCCGUCGUUACCAGAAGUCCACCGAGCUGCUCAUCCGCAAGCUGCCCUUCCAGCGCCUGGUCAGGGAAAUCGCCCAGGACUUCAAGACCGACCUGCGCUUCCAGAGCUCUGCCGUCAUGGCUCUGCAGGAGGCUAGCGAGGCCUACCUGGUCGGUCUCUUCGAGGACACCAACCUGUGCGCCAUCCACGCCAAGCGUGUCACCAUCAUGCCCAAGGACAUCCAGCUGGCCCGCCGUAUCCGUGGCGAGCGAGGAGGAAAAGCCGCCAAGAAGGCCGGUAAGGCCAGGCCCGCUGGAGCCAAGGGCAAGAGGAGGAGAAAGAGGAGGGAGACCUUCGGUGUCUACAUCUACAAGGUGCUCAAGCAGGUGCACCCCGACACCGGUGUCUCCAGCAAGGCCAUGGGCAUCAUGAACUCCUUCGUCAACGAUAUCUUCGAGCGUAUCGCCGCUGAGGCUUCCCGCCUGGCUCACUACAACAAGCGCUCCACCAUCAGCAGCCGGGAGAUCCAGACCGCCGUGCGUCUGCUGCUGCCUGGCGAGUUGGCCAAGCACGCCGUCAGCGAGGGCACCAAGGCCGUCACCAAGUACACCAGCUCCAAGUAAACUGCCUGACCGCCCGACCAGUAUACCCCGGCCCUUUUCAGGGCCAACCAAAUCUUCCCAAAAGCCCUCUAUCGUGUCUCAGAUAUAAUCUUGAAAGUGUGCAACACUGCUUAUUUAUUACGAUCAAACGAUCGAGCAGUUGUUGCGCUAGAUCAGUCGAUGUGUUUGUCAUAAUUUGCCGUGCUGUGGACAACGAAGGCAUUCGCCCCACUAGCACAUUGGGUCACAACCAGCACAGGUUAAGCUUUGUUAUGAAGUAGGAAAAUUAUCUGGUAUACACAUGGUGGUAGGGGCGCGUCUUUCCCGGCGCCACAUGAGCUCUUUCCCGCCCGCCUCAUCUAGGUUUCCUAGUGUGUAUUUCACGAUGGGAGAUUGAUUAGCCCUAGUCUUCACCAGGCAUCGCGGAUCGCUGGGAAAAUAGUACAAAUUGGCCAAAAUAAAGGGAUAGUAUACAAGGGAAGAUCCCGGGCCAUAGAAGAUCCA